GCUAAAAGAUGAAGUACAGCCACAGAGUAUGAACAUCCUGGCAGCCCUUUUCCUCUUGUCUGAGCAGGUGGAUAUUCCUAUUGCUAUAGAAGAAAAGAAAAGAGAGAAAAAACUUGUUCUGAAAAGUACAGAUGGAAUAACUACAUACAUUAACCAGAGCCUGCGCAUAUUUACAAAAGACCAAACGAAGUCUAAAACCGAUUGGAAGAGGUGGUGCAAGAAUAUAAAAAGCCUCAUUGAAUUCCUUAAAAAGUAUAUAGACAACAAAGGGGUGAAUCCAAGUACAAUGGAAGGACUGCCCACUGAGCCAACUACGUAUGAGCAGUUCAUGACAGGAGAAUUUUUGAACACGUCCCAGUUCCUUAUUCAGUCGUACAUAUACGAGUUUAUUGACACAAAAGAAAAGUAUAUUGAGUUUGUAAAUGCUGUAUAUACUCUCUUGAAUGACCAGAUAAAAAAUGAAAAGUCAUACAAAAGAGUGCUGAGCAAGUGCUUUGUAAAAGAAGGUGCACGGCAAAGUAAAAUCAACCAUACUAAGAUUAUUUGUGAUCUUAUGGAUACAAUAGACAAGUAUAAAAUAUUUCCAUUCAUGGAUUCAUCACAGCUUCCUUCCUAUACACAGGUUAAAGCAUAUGAUCGGGAAAAGGACGAGUUCAUAAACGAUGAAACCCGAAAAUAUUCUAACUGUGUAGAAGCAGCUUUGCUAGGACUAGUGUGCUGUUUAGUAUAUGAUCCAAAUAAAAAGAAGUACAAUACAGACCAUCUACCCGACAAUAAAGAAACUAAGCCACUGAAAGACUUCUUUAAAAAGUACACUGAGCCAAGAGAAACCACUGACUAUGAAAUGCACGAAGAUUGGUGUAGAGUGAUAGCAGACUUGAAGAAUGACAAGAUUCUUUACUUAAAGGAGAAGACGAAUGAGCUGGACAGUAGUUUGUUGAAUAUUCUUUAUGUUGUAUCGGAUAUAACUGGAAGCAAAGAAGAAGUAGUUAAAGAAAUUAAGUACUUAGAAGAACUUCUUGCUGAUAAGAAUAUUAAUGAUAAGCUUGAUAUAGAAGAAAGCUUGACUACAAUAUUCAAGGAGCUAUCAAAUAACAAGAAUCUUGAAAUAGAGUGUGACGAAUUCACAGUAGGUACACGAAAAGAUAAUAAUCUGGACUUAUUUGGUGAGUUUAAGCUAAUAUAUACUUUUAAUGAGAAAAAAAAUGGAAUAUUAGUGGAGAUAACUCCUGGUCAUUGUACAAUAAGAUUAUUGGAAGACCUAUUGUCUAGUGAAGAGAAAAAUAUUAUUAAAGAAAAGCUGACUGAAAUACAAAAUACUUAUAGUAAUAUAGAGAGUUACACUGCAUACACAAUUAGACAGUACAUAAACAUAGAACUUGCUAAGAUGGAAAAGGAGUAUGCAUUGGGCCGAAUUCAAGAAAGUAUUAGAAAUAAUCAUGAUAAUAUAAAUGACAUUUUCCUUCACGGGAUGAUUCUAUCUGUUGAUCAAAAAGUAAACAUUGUUAAAUACUUCUUGGCCGUGCACGUAAAUAAUACUCUACCAAAAAACAAUUCACUAGUUCGGUUUACCAAUAAUCUCAUAGGAAGCACUCCAUUGGACGAUUCAGCAACAAGAAGAAGGAUGCUGCUUUAUUGCUUUCUUAAUAAAGACAGCAAGAACUACUAUCCAAGAAUUGAGAGAUGCUGGGAAGAGGUUACUACAAUUACUCGAUAUAAUUUUUAUACAAUAAUUAAUAGCAUCUUACGUAAUUCGGGUUAUUCCAUAGAUGUUAAGUUAGAGUGCUUUAAAAGGUUGAUGAUGGUCUUGGCAAAUCAUAAUAAUAAGCAUGCUAUUAUUACAAGUUUGUACUUAAUUAAUGAUAUAGUGGAUUGUUCUAGAAAGACUAAUGAACUAACUAAA